AUGGCCGCCAUUGCACACCCACUACACUCUCUCACUUUCACUUCCAAAUCCCCAACCCCCAGAUUCAAACCCUUUCCCAAACUCGUAAUCUCCGCCUCAAACAAGCCCAUCUCCGGCCGAAAGCUACGUGUCGCCGUCAUUGGCGGUGGCCCGGCGGGAUCCUCCGCAGCUGAGUCGCUAGCUUCAGGCGGAGUAGAGACAUAUCUUUUCGAACGCAGCCCCACCGGCGCCAAACCAUGCGGCGGUGCUAUUCCACUCUGCAUGCUCGACGAGUUCUCCAUACCGCCGGAGCUCGUCGAUCGGAAAGUCACCCAUAUGAAGAUCGUAUCCCCGUCCAACCUCACCGUCGACUUCGGCAAAACCCUCAAAUCCAAUGAGUACAUCUCCAUGCUCCGCCGUGAAGUCCUCGAUUCAUUUCUCCGAUCAAGAGCUGAAUCCAAAGGCGCCAUUCUUCUCAAAGGCCUUGUCACGAAUCUCGACCUCCCAAACUUCCCUAACCAACCUUACAUCAUCCACUACACAGUCAACAACACCAUCAAAUACCUCCCCGUCGACGUCGUAGUGGGUGCCGACGGCGCCAAUAGCCGCGUCGCAAAAUCAAUCGACGCCGGAGACUACGCCUGUGCCAUCGCCUUCCAAGAGCGAAUCAGACUCCCAGACGACAAAAUGGAAUACUACCACAAUCUCGCCGAGAUGUACAUCGGAAACGACGUCUCACCGGAUUUCUACGCCUGGGUGUUUCCCAAAUGCGAUCACGUCGCCGUCGGCACCGGAACUGUAAUCUCAAAACCAAACAUCAAACAAUUCCAAAAAGCGAUCCGAUCAAGAGUCCUCCCAAAGAUCGCCGGUGGGACGGUGAUUAAAGUAGAAGCGCAUCCAAUUCCGGAACACCCUCGUCCAGUUCGCGUCCGUGGGAGGGUGGCUCUGGUGGGAGACGCCGCCGGGUAUGUAACGAAAUGCUCCGGCGAAGGGAUCUAUUUUGCAGCAAAAAGCGGAAGAAUGUGCGGCGAAGGGAUCGUGAAAGCAUCGGAAGGAGGGCAAAAGAUGAUCGAAGAGAGCGAUCUGAAGAGAGAGUAUCUGAAACAAUGGGAUUCACAGUACAUAAACACAUUCAAGUUCUUGGAUUUGCUGCAACAUGUGUUCUAUGGAAGCAAUGCAGCAAGGGAGGCACUGGUGGAGCUCUGUGGAGAUGAGUAUGUGCAAAGAAUGACAUUUGAGAGCUAUUUGUAUAAGAAACUGGCAAAUGGGAAUCCAUGGGAGGACUUCAAGAUGGUUUCGAAUACAAUUGGGAGUUUGAUGAGGUGCAAGCUUGUUGGGAAAGGAAUGGAGGCAUUUGAUCCGAAUGUUCUUGCCUAAGUAAGUUUUAGUUGUAUGGAUGUUAAAAUAAUAUUGGUGCCUGCAAGAUGUUGUUAGCAGCAGGUACAAGAUUUGAUGCAUGAUGUACGCUUUCCAAUAUCAAAAUGAAAUCC